AUGGCCGGAGUGCCAUCGUCGCUGCUAGCGCGCCUCCUCUAUCUCCUCCUGCUCCUGCUGAUCGCUGACGCCGCGCGGCUCCCGCUGUCCCUCGCGCCCGGCGACGACGCCGCAGCCGCCGACUCGCUCCUCAAGCUCAAGGCCGGCAUCAAGGACGACGGAGGCGAGCUCGGCAGCUGGACUCCCGGCACGAGCCCCUGCGGCGAUGGCGACGGCAGGGGGCCCAGCUGGAAGGGCGUCAUGUGCAACAGGGACGGCGUGCACGGCCUGCAGCUCGAGGGGAUGGGCCUCUCCGGCACGCUCGACCUGCGCGCCCUCACGAGCCUGCCUGGCCCCGGCCUCCGCACGCUGAGCUUCAUGGAGAACGAGUUCGCCGGCCCGUUGCCCGACGUCAAGGAACUCAGCGGCCUCCGCGCUGUCUUUCUGUCCGGGAACAAGUUCUCCGGGGUCAUCCCCGCCGACGCGUUCGCCGGGAUGGGCUCGCUCAAGAAGGUGGUCCUCUCCAACAAUGACUUCACCGGCCCCAUCCCGGCGUCGCUCGCCGACGCGCCCAGGCUCCUGGAGCUGCAGCUCAAUGACAACAAGUUUCAGGGCAAGAUCCCUGACCUGAAACAGGACGAGUUGACGCAAGUCAACCUCGCAAACAAUGAGCUCGAGGGGGAGAUCCCGGCGAGCCUCAAAUCCAUGCCACCCGACAUGUUCGCCGGCAACAAGAAGCUUUGCGGCCCACCGCUUGGUGCCAAAUGCGAGGCCCCUCCGUCGCCGUCGCCGUCGCCGUCGCCAUCACCGAAGGCAUCACCAAAUGCGCCGCCGCCGGCCUCCGUCAAAGAAGGCACGACGCCGUCGCUACCAGCAGCGGACAUCGUGGGGUCCACAGGCUCGUCGUCAGCUGACGACGCGAAGCAAGACGAAGGCCAGAAGCCCGCCGAGCGGGGCUCCACGUCCUUCGGCGUCCUCGGCGCGUUCCUUGGCACGCUUGCGAUCGCCGGCGUGGCGUUCGUCGCGCUGCGGAGACGGAGGGGGUACAAGAACAAGAACUUCGGCCCGACCGCGUCGUCGGCUCGGCCCUCGGGGCCGCCGAGGGUCGAGCCGCACCCGCCGGCGGCGAAGGCCGAAGCCAGCGCGGCGCCGGCGCCCCCUGCCGCCGCAGCCGGAUCCGUGGCGCGCGGCGCCGGUGCGGCUCGGAAGGUGGAGCAGGGGCGGCUGACGUUCGUCCGCGACGACCGCGGCCGGUUCUUCGAGCUGCAGGACCUGCUCAAGGCGACGGCGGAGGUGCUGGGCACCGCCAACCUCGGCGUGUGCUACUGCGCCACGCUCACGACGGGGCACUCCGUCGUCGUGAAGCGGUUCAAGGAGAUGAACCGGGUGGGCAGGGAGGACUUUGAGGAGCACAUGCGGCGGCUGGGCCGGCUCAGCCACCCCAACCUCCUCCCGCUCGUCGCCUACUACUACCGCAAGGAGGAGAAGCUCCUCAUCCACGACUACGUCCCCAACCGUAGCUUGGCGAACCUCCUCCACGGCGGCGGCGAGGGCCGCGGGAUGAAGAAGGCGGCGGUGCACUGGGCGGCGCGGCUGAAGAUCGUCAAGGGCGUGGUGCGGGCGCUCAGCUACCUGUACGACGAGCUGUGCAUGCUCACGGUGCCGCACGGCCACCUCAAGUCGUCCAACAUCCUGCUCGACGGCCACUACGAGCCGCUGCUGACGGACUACGCGCUGGUGCCGGUGAUGAACCAGUCGCACGCCGCGCAGCUCAUGGUGGCCUUCAAGUCCCCGGAGCGGAAGCAGUUCGGCCGCUCGUCCAAGAAGAGCGACGUUUGGUGCCUCGGCCUGCUCAUCCUCGAGAUGCUCACCGGGAAGCCGCCGAGCUACGACCUGCCCAAACCCUCGGGCGAGUCGUCGUCGUCACCGCAGAAGCCGGGUCCGGCUGCAGGCAACACCACGGACCUGGUGACCGUCGUGGGGUCGACGCCGGAGGGCGAGUGGCUGGACACGGUGGUGGACCCGGACCUGCGGGGCGAGGAGGAGGAGGACAAGGAGGAGAUGGUGAAGCUGAUCAGGGUCGGCAUGGCGUGUUGCGAGACCAACGUGGACAGCCGGUGGGAGCUCAAGACCGCCAUCGACAGGAUCGAGGAGCUCAAGGCGAAGGAGCGCCCCGACGACGAGCAGGCCUUCUACUCGACGGUGAACGACGAGGACUACAGUGACGUUGCCAUCAAUUGA